GGCCCAGAGUGAAGGCGGGCGUGUGCCAUGGCGGAACCGGCGAGGAGACGGGGUCGAAGGCCCCGAGGCGGCGGUGUUGGCCGAGGGGCUCGGGGAGCCCGGGGCGGUCGGGGCCGGCGUCCUCGCGCCCAGCGGUCUCCAGCUCGGCGCACCCCGGACACAGUGCUUGUGGAUUUGGUCAGCGACAGCGACGAGGAUUUCGUGGAGGUCGCGACUGCGCGCGGUGCUGCGGAGCCAGCUGAGGCCUCGUCCCCGAUUGUGGUCCCGUCUCCGGAGCCCCCAGUGCCGGCCGCACCCCGGGCCGACAGCGACAGUGACAGUGAAGGCGCCGACGCGCGGCCUGCGGGAGCCCAGCGGACUCUGGUCCGGCGGCGGCGGCGGCUGCUGCUGGAUCCGGGGGAGGCGCCGGUGGUUCCGGUGUACUCCGGGAAGGUGCAAAGCAGCCUCCACCUCAUCCCAGAUCAUGUGUCCCUCCUGAAACUCUGCCCUGAAGGGGCUGAGGAAGAGGCAGAUGUGGCAGAUGCUAGCAGUCCCCACUCUGAGGAUCCCCCACGUCCAGACUCUCCCUGGAAGAAGAAGCUGAGGAGUAAGGAUGAGAAAGAAGAGAAGAAAAAGAAGUUUGAGGCUCGGGACACCUCUCCUCUGCCCCCACCUCCACCAGGGACAAAAAGCAGAAAGCAUACUCGGGCACUCCAGAAACUGAGGGAAGUGAACAAGCGCCUCCAAGAUCUCCGAUCUUCUCUGAGUCCCAAGCAGCACCAGGGCCAAGGCCGCCAGAGCCAAGACGACGAGGUGGUCAUAGUGGAGGGGCCCAUGCUUCCGGAGAAUCCCCGGCUCUUCCCACUCAAAAUCCGGUGCCGGGCUGACCUGAUCAGAUUGCCCAUCAGAAUGUCGGAGCCCCUUCAGAGUGUGGUGGACCACAUGGCCACCCGCCUCAGGGUGUCCCCAAGCAGGAUUCUUUUGCUCUUUGGAGAGACAGAACUGUCCCCUACGGCCACCCCCAGGACUCUAAAGCUUGGAGUGGCUGACAUCAUUGACUGUGUGGUGCUAGCAAGUUCUUCAGAGGCCACAGAGACAUCCCAGCAGCUCCGUCUCAGGGUGCAGGGGAAAGAGAAACACCAGAUGCUGGAGAUCUCAUUGUCUCAGGAUUCUCCUCUCAAGACCCUCAUGUCACACUAUGAGGAGGCCAUGGGACUCUCUGGACACAAGCUGUCUUUCUUCUUCGAUGGGACAAAGCUUUCAGGCAAGGAGCUGCCGGCUGAUCUGGGCAUGGAAUCUGGGGAUCUCAUUGAGGUCUGGGGCUGAAACCCUGUUUGGAGCCCCCCCAGGACUUGGGGACAAAGCUUUUUUGCCCUAUCAGGGUUAGCAGAAGCUGAGUUAGAACUUAUCUUUAAGCUGAGGCAAAAUCAAGGAAUGAACUUUGACUCCAUCUCCUGUUGACCCUGGUCUCCAGCCUAGCUGCUUGGUUAGUUGUGUAGUGGUCGUGGCUGCAUGACAGGUCCUGCUGAAUUGUGCAGCCCCCAGGACAUGGAGAAGAUUCUCCCCGUCAUCUCUCGCCUUCAUCUCCUGUCUCUUCCUCCAAAUGUCUGUUCUAUGAACUGUUGCUCUUAUUGAAAGAGUGACUUGAAAUAAAUGAGGGUUGGGUUAUGGGCUUCCAGGCCUAGGACACAGGGCCUUAGAUCACA